CUAGGUGAGGUGCGCCAGCGAUGGUCAUGAGGGUCUCACUGUCCCCAGCCCUGGGACGCUGGCUCCGCCAUGCAAUUCCUUUCGCUAUCUUAACGCUGUUACUUCUUUACAUCAGUGUGUGGCUCUUCCAUGAGUGGCCCUUCGCCUUACCAGCUCAGAGAACCCAGCAGUCCGGCCUGCGGGGACUCAGGCUCCCUUCUCCUCCAGUCCUCAGCUCCCCGCUUAGCUUCCCGUCAGGUGUCUUAUCAGGGUGCAGGCCUGGGGUACAGUCCUGCAAUCCAGAGGGACCGCUACCUUCCCAGACUGGCCCAGCGGUCAGAUCCCUAGUGGUCCCGGAGAAGGAAGAGCCUCCCUGUCUAGAGCCUCAUGGGGUGCUGGGUCGCAUGGUGAGCCCCUUCCUGGCCUGUAUGAGCCCUGAAGGGGAUGUGGCGUUGUCUCAGUAUCUGGCAGGAUGGAGAGAACUACUUAGGUUCCUAACUCCCCUUGGCUCUGUCUUCGCCUUUGCCACCAGCGAGGCCUUCAACAAGGUGACCGACCUCGAGGCUCGUGUGCACGGUCCCGAUGCUUCACACUACACAUCGCUGAUGACUAUGAUCAUGUGGGAGCGGCGAGCAGGAUUGCUACAGCGUCCGGGAACCGAACCCUGGCACCCAGCGGGGUCCUCAGGCUCUCGAACGCUACUUUUGCUGCAUCGCUCGCUGCGCUGGUCCCAGCUCUGCCUCCACAGGGUGGCGACAGGGACGCUCGGAGGUCCAGAUGCCGGCACGCAGUGCAGGGACGCCUACAGCACCGCCCUGGCCCCGCACCAUCCGUGGCUUAUCCGUCAGGCAGCUCGCCUGGCGAUCCUGGCCCUCCCGAGUCGUGGUCGCCUGCUCCAGCUGGCGUGUCCAGGAACAGGAGAGGCGGAAUCGCGGGUUGCUCUGGCCCGGGCCGCCGUCGUCCUGGAGGAUGUGUACAAUCGGACCCAGGGCCUGUUGGCCGGCCACGGCCUGCUCCAGCUGGCUUAAUGGUCGCAGCGUCAAGAGACCGACCAGGAAGGCAUUACUGGAAAGGGAUGUGCGUACUCAGGGUUACCGGCGGCCUGGGUAGCUAGCGGUUCUUCUCCGUGACGUCACCACGGUUAAGGCCCGCCCCUAGCAGGGCAGCCUCAGUGAUGUGUGAGAUCCUCUCAUCUUCAGCCUCAGGAAGCUGGAAGAAGCAAUGAAGAAUAAAGAAUUAUUUAGUAGCUGUCGA